GCUCACGGCCGCAGAGUUAUUGCUAAGGACUACGUUCAAGGCAGCCAGCGCAGAGUAAAACCAUGAUGGCGCCAUUCGCGACGCAUCAAUCACGGGGACCAUGGCUCCGCAGAAACAUCAGCGCUUAUCGCAACAAGGUACGUUAAAUUUGCAAACUGCAUCCGAUUUGUCGAGGACACUGGGAGACGCAUACAAAUACUCGCAGUCUUACAAAAAACGCAGUAAAUUCGACAUCAUGCACCCCAGUGUUCAACGGAUUCGAGUUAACUCCCAAAACUAUCGAACCCUCACUUUCACCAUCAUCAUACGUUGCUGUUACGUCCAACAAAAAGUGUUACUUGUUCGGUUUUACUCAAGGUUCAUGGGCAAGAUGUUCUGCUUGGGAAGCAGUUUGCAAAAGUUGGAGGAAGAAGGGAUACUUCAGGAAAGCUUGCCUGUCUAACUCAUCCAGGCAGUCAUUCAUUCCUCAAUCAACAAUCACAACUGUCACGAGGAUAUGGAUAUGUU